CAAAGUUGUAUACUGUGGUGUCUAUAAAUAAUUGAGCUGGUAUAUUUGUUACUUCCAGCGAUGUACAGGCAAUUCGUUUAAUAGUAAUACUAAUGGAUACUUGACCUGUCACUUUAUUUUUCCGGGAUGUCAGCUAGAUAAAAUGGAAGUUUUAUAUAUGUAUAUAUAUUCGUUUCUGGUAAUCAGUUAUCUAUUGUGAUUGUUGACUAUUCUCAUUAUGCAUUUUCCACUUACAAGACCUUGUUGUAUCCAGUCUAAGGAAGAAACCAUUUGAGCCUAUGACUUGAAUAGUUUGGUUAGAGGUUAUCUAUAUACUCGCCAUCUAGCAGGGUGUUGAGAAUAUGGCCAAGCAUCAUCCUGAUUUGAUUAUGUGCCGAAAGCAGCCAGGAAUUGCCAUUGGACGACUUUGUGAGAAAUGCGAUGGCAAGUGUGUGAUUUGCGACUCUUACGUGCGUCCUUGUACACUUGUCCGGGUUUGUGACGAAUGCAACUAUGGCUCAUUUCAGGGCCGCUGCGUCAUAUGUGGAGGGGUGGGAAUAUCUGAUGCUUACUACUGCAAGGAAUGCACACAGCAGGAGAAAGAUAGGGAUGGCUGCCCCAAAAUUGUUAAUUUAGGGAGUGCCAAAACCGAUUUAUUCUAUGAACGCAAGAAGUAUGGUUUUAAGAAAAGAUGAUGAAGGUGUAAGAGUGAGAUAUUUUAAUCUGUCUAAAACUGUUUUGUAUGUACUUCCUGAGAUAUCAUAUUAGAACCGUUGGAGUUGAGACUUUGAGCAUAGAACUAUAUUUUCUUAUGCAAUUGUUGGUGAUGUAAGUGCAUGACUUGUUUACUAAGGAUCAUGCAAUUAAUGGAAUGAUUUGAACAAGUUCAGGUACUGUGCUGUGAAUUGUGUGCAAUUUUGAGGGAAA